AUGUCUUCUUUGCACUACGGGCCGAAGCUGCGGCAGCUGCUGCUGAAGCUCGAGUCCGACCGCGACCGCGGACCGUCCGCCGGCAGCGAGCGGCUGUCAAAACUCGCUUUUCUCGGGCUUCUGGUGGUCAAAAACGCCAAACAACGACGCAGGAGCUCUACAAGCUCGCUUUCCAGCAGUCCCACGCUCUACUCGCCCAAUCAGCGGAGCCGCACCAGCAGCGACACGCCGCCGGGACCGCUGUUCGCCUUUCGAACUCAGCCAAAACGCUCGUGGCAGGACAAGUACAACAGCUUCGAAACAGGGUUGCUGGCCAACCUUGAGUCGAUGGUGUCGCUUUUCGACAACUUCACGAUGUUCCAGAGCAUUUUGAGCAAAUCGCGGUUUGCGUCCAAGUUUCGCGGAGUGGAGGCGCUGCUCCGAAACCUGUCGAAGGUGUAUUUCAUUAUCAUUUUGAUAAACCUAAAGAACCUCAUAGUCAGGCUCGUCAAGCUCAACAGACUGAUCCGAACGGUGGAGCUGGAGACGCAGGUGCUUUUGCACAACGGCAAGAACGCGCUGCUGCCAGAGGCUGCGACGCAGGAACGUGAAAAGCUCGUGUUUCUGUACACAGAGAAGUUCCGGACGUAUCUGGAGCUGGUCGGCUACGCCAACGAGCUGGUUCUGAACCUGACGCUGGUCUACUCAAAAUUCCGGCUGCCGAGGCUGGUGGAGCGGCUCGUGGGCCUGGUCAGCUGGAUCAUCGGCGUGUACCGGCUAAGCAAGGACGAGGCAGAAGAGGCCAGGACAGGGGAACAGCUCGCGGCGAUGGAGCAACAGUAUUUAUAA